AUGAAGGACACUUCUGGAGUCGAGCCCGUGAAGCUUGCAAGUUCAGGAGAUGACCAUAUCGCGAAUCCCAAGCUGUCCUCACUUUUUGCAAAAAAGUUGGUGCUGAAUUCGCGAAAGGCGGACGUCGCCAAACAGCUGUACAAACCAACAGCGCGCGGUGGCUCGAUCGCAGGAUAUCUUAGCACAGAGGCCGGACAUUGCCAUGUUAAUAUCUUGCUCAUUGCUUCAAGAACAUGGCAUCAGCAUCAUCACUGGUGCACCUUCCUCAGUAGAUGCUGCAUGCAGCGCCGCAGCAAAGGGGCCUUCUCUGCUCUUGUGGAGGUGGAGCAGGAGGCCAGAGAUGAGUUACUGGCGCUCCGCGGCAUCACUGCGGGGAAGGAGGAGUUGAACUCCCGCAAGGAUCUUCUCGAUGAAGCUGGUUUCAUUGUGGAUGAGAAGAACUCUUUGGUCUACGUGUCGGCAGCAGAAGAAAAUCGACAAGAUGGCAUUGAACAUACAGUGGUCUACAAGAAAGUGGCAGUCCGCAAGGGUCCAAGCAUUGACUGUCAUGUGCUGGGUGCCUAUGAGCAAGGGCAGCAGUUGAUGCUCUUUGAUAGCGAUGACACCGGAAGCUGGCGCAAACUCCACUUCCGACUCCGUGGUGGGCACGGUGGGUUGGUGGAGGCUUGGGUCAUGCUCCGGCACCCUCAACUGGGAGUGCUCGUGUCUCGGGAUGGUGAGGAGCCCCCAGCUGCAGCUCCUGUGGCAGCACCAGCUGCGCCAGUGGUGCCAGCUGCAACAGUGAGGGAGCCACCGAAGGCAUCUCUUCACCUACCAGAGGAGGGGGAUCGUGCAGCCCACUUGGCGGCCUUGGCGGCUGAGUUUGGGGAGCGACUACAGCUUAUGGCUGAGGACCUGCAUCCCAAUGUCAUGAAUCUCAAGGAGACGUUCCAAGUGGUGCGGAAGCCCAUGGUGGCCGUGAGGAGUCAGCCCAGCACCGAAGGCCAAAUUGUGUUUUCGGUGGAGUAUGGCACAGAAGUGGACACCUUUGGUGUGGAUUCAUCUGGUCUUUGGCGCAGGGUUUUCUGUCAAUGCACUCGUGUAGCCAAACAGGACACAGUUGCCAGUUGUCAGUGGGUCGGGGAUCGAAGUGGAAGCAAAUGCUAAACUUUGCGCGGCUGGGAGCUUUACAAGGCACAUCCGAGGAUCAUGGGGGUGAGGAGCGAAUCAACUAGCCAUGAAAUGAUAGCAGUCACAUAUCACCACAAUUCACGGGACCAAUAUCACCGCAGAUAUGACUAUUAAAUACUAUUAACAUCUAUUAACUAUGCCGUUAAAAUCUAUUCUACCGAAUCUAUUAGAAUCUAUUGGAAUCUAUUACCAUCAGGGCAUAUCAGGACGUAGGCUCACCACCACCAUCAACACAGGACGCUCCUUUGCCCCGAGAGCCCGUGGAAGCCUGGAUCAUGGAGGAGCAUCCUUCCCUGGGGCCCUUGCUGAGGCUCCUCCACUGACUCAGGCCCUGGCAAAA